AUGAAGCGCUUGUUCAGGCCGCUCCUUGUUGUCUGGCUGCUCCUGCUCAGCUAUGUCGUUGCAUUCACCGAGUUAGAACUUCGAGAGGCGGUGGGAAGCGAACUGUCACCAUGCGCUUUCAAUUGCUGGGCGCAGAGUUCUGCAGCCGUAAAUUGCCCGCUUACAGAUACUACAUGCCAAUGUGAAGACCCGGACAACAGUGUUCGAGUAUCAAGGUGUGUGGUUUUUAAUUGCACAUACCAAGAUUCUAUUGAACUCUCAAGGGGUUGGGCGAAACAAUGCGAUCGACCACACAAUAACCACAACGCUGCAUUGAGAUCGGCGGCGGUUGGCAGCGGUAUUGCCGCAUUUCUGAUGGUUGGGCUUCGCAUAAUAGCAAGGUUCUACACGCUUCGGUUUUGGUGGGAUGACUGGUGUCAUAUCACUGCUGGGGUGCUUGCCAUACCCCUGACCAUCUUUAGUAAUCUCUGUGUCACCUAUGGCAUGGGGUACCACUUAUACGAUAUCAAUUUCUCGUCGAUGACUGAUGCUCGAGAUCUUUUCAUAUGGUAUUACAUGGCCGAAAUCUUCUACUGUGUCGAGAUCUACUUCAUCAAGAUGUCUAUCCUCUGUCUCUACGUUCGAAUAUUCCCGGAGACUAACUUCCAUCGAUACUUCAUCACCACAAUGGUUCUGUUGACUAUUUCCGUUUUGAUUCUUGUCCCAAUGAUUAUUUGUCAGUGUAUUCCGGUUCACAGCAUCUGGGACCUUCGCCGUGCCGAUGCCCGAUGCCUCAAUGUGAUCGGACUGGCCUACGCGAACGCAGGCGUGAACCUCGCAACGGAAAUUGCAAUCCUGAUUCUUCCCCUUCCUCUCCUUCAAAAACUUCGCGUGUCGAAGUCCAAAAAAGCCGCAUUAUACGCGAUUUUCGGCGCCGGAAUCCUCGUUAUUGCAAUCGCAUCCGCACGUAUCCCGAGCCUCGCGCACGUUAUCUCAAUCCAGGACCCAACAUAUGCGAACCAGGGAGUGUUCUACUGGACAUGUGCCGAGACAUCCGUUGCCCACGUCUGUGCUACGGCGCUGGCAAUCCGACCAUUAUAUCUGAAGCUCCGAGGGAUGUACCUUCUGAGGAAAGAGGGAAGAUCGAAUAUUCCUGGUACCGAUAUUCGCCGUGUCUGCUCAGUCUCGAAGCCCGGUGGUCCAAGGAGGGCAGAGGGCUGUGAAGUCGAAUUCUCAAAGGAAUCGCCCCAUAAUUCUAAUAGCUCACUCGCUAGUGCAGAGCGGUUAUCACGGGAGGAUUGCGCCUCCCCACGAUGA